GGUUCCUCCCCGCGCAGCGUCUCUGCGCACCGCCGGCCAGCACGCCAGCCCGAUCCCCGUCUCAACGCCGCGCCGCACGGGGCCCUCUCGGCGACCCCAGAACAAUCAACCAUGACGACUGAAUCAGGAUCAGACUCGGAAUCCAAGCCGGAUCAGGAGGCAGAGCCCCAGGAGGCUGCUGCGGGUCCUCAGGGGCAGGCAGGGGCGCCGCCCGGGCCGCCCGAGCCCCCCAGCGGGAGCGGAGAGGAGGAGCCUGCGCUUGAGCAGUUCUCCGGGGCUGCAGCCCACAGCACCCCAGUGCGGAAGGAGGUCACUGACAAGGAACGGGAGUUUGCUGCUGCUGCUGCAAAACAACUCGAGUAUCAGCAAUUGGAAGACGAUAAACUUUCUCAGAAAUCAUCUAGCAGCAAACUCUCUCGGUCUCCACUGAAGAUCGUCAAAAAGCCUAAAAGCAUGCAGUGCAAAGUAAUACUUUUGGAUGGAUCCGAAUAUACCUGUGAUGUGGAGAAACGCUCCAGAGGGCAAGUGCUAUUUGAUAAAGUGUGUGAGCAUCUGAACCUACUAGAAAAAGACUACUUUGGCCUCACAUAUCGAGAUGCUGAAAACCAGAAGAAUUGGUUGGACCCUGCUAAGGAAAUUAAAAAACAGAUUCGAAGUGGUGUUUGGCACUUUUCAUUUAAUGUGAAAUUUUACCCACCAGAUCCUGCCCAGCUAUCUGAAGAUAUCACCAGGUACUACCUCUGCUUACAAUUGAGAGAUGACAUCGUGUCUGGAAGGCUGCCUUGCUCAUUUGUGACCCUUGCCUUGCUGGGCUCCUACACAGUCCAGUCAGAACUGGGAGACUAUGACCCUGACGAAUGUGGGAAUGAUUACAUUAGCGAGUUCCGCUUUGCACCCAACCACACUAAAGAACUGGAAGACAAAGUGAUCGAGCUGCACAAGAGCCACAGAGGAAUGACACCAGCAGAAGCAGAAAUGCAUUUCUUGGAAAAUGCCAAAAAGCUCUCCAUGUAUGGGGUAGAUUUGCACCAUGCCAAGGAUUCAGAAGGAGUCGAAAUUAUGUUAGGAGUCUGUGCCAGUGGCCUGUUGAUAUAUCGUGACCGCCUGAGGAUAAACAGAUUUGCCUGGCCCAAGGUCCUGAAAAUUUCAUACAAACGGAACAACUUUUACAUUAAGAUCCGGCCAGGAGAGUUUGAACAAUUUGAAAGUACCAUUGGAUUUAAGCUGCCAAAUCAUCGAGCUGCCAAGCGUUUGUGGAAAGUGUGUGUUGAACAUCAUACAUUUUUCAGACUAUUGUUGCCAGAAGCACCUCCAAAGAAAUUCCUAACCUUGGGUUCCAAGUUCCGUUACAGUGGCAGAACACAGGCCCAAACGAGAAGAGCCAGCGCGUUGAUUGAUCGCCCAGCGCCUUACUUCGAACGCUCGUCCAGCAAACGGUACACCAUGUCUCGCAGCUUAGAUGGAGAGGUUGGUACUGGCCAGUACGCCACAACAAAGGGCAUCUCUCAGACCAACUUGAUCACCACUGUGACCCCUGAGAAAAAGGCUGAGGAGGAACGCGACGAGGAAGAGGACAGACGGAGAAAGGCCGAGGAAGCCACGCCAGUGGUGGCGGUCCGGCAUGAGGGAAAGACUGACAGCGAGCAGACUGAUACCGCAGCUGAUGGGGAAACCACAGCCACGGAGGAGCUAGAUAAAACUCAGGAUGAACUGAUGAAGCAUCAAACCAAUAUUAGUGAGCUGAAAAGAACCUUUUUAGAAACCUCAACAGACACUGCCAUAACAAAUGAAUGGGAGAAGAGGCUUUCUACCUCCCCGGUGCGACUGGCUGCCAGGCAGGAGGAUGCGCCCAUGAUUGAACCACUUGUACCUGAAGAGACCAAAGAAGAAAGAGAAAGUUCUGAAAAAGUUAUAUUUUUGCAACAAGGAAGUUCUCCAUUUCUUGGGUCUCAGCCAAGUAUGCUUAAGAAAAUCCAGAAAGGAGGCUCGGCAGAAUCUGUGUCCACGUCUCAUCAAAUAAUUUUCCAGAAAACUAUUCCAUCCACCCUAGAGACUAAGCAGUCUUCUGGGGAAAAGCUCAUGGAUGGCUCUGAAAUCUUCAGUCUAUUAGAGUCUGCAAGAAAGCCAACAGAAUUCAUAGGAGGGGUCACGUCUACUUCCCAAAGCUGGGUCCAGAAAGUGGAAACGAAAACCGAGUCCAGUGAAAUGGAGACGGAAACCACCACCUCACACCGCCAGCCCCACAGUACUGAGAAGGUGGUACAGGAAACGGUGCAGGUGGAGGAGAGACGUGUGUUGAAUGUCCAUGCCAGUGGGGAUGCCGGGGACGUGGGAGAUGCCACGUCCAUGGAUGCUUCCGGUACGAAAGAGAAGGAGCCUUCUCCUCAGAUGGAAGGGGCCAAAGAGGAAGGAGGGGGAAGCGAUAAAGCUACCUCUGAACAGGAAGAGACAGCCACUGCUUCCCACAAGCAAGUGGAGGAGCAGGGCUCAGCAGUCCACGCUUCUGAAGUUUCAGAACCAAAGUCCCACUUGGAGACUUCAACUGUGAAGAUGGAAACCACGAGUUCAGGCAGCAUUUCACCAGGAGGAGUAAAGCUAGACAUUUCUACCAAGGAAGUGCCAGUGGUCCACACAGAAACAAAAACCAUCACGUAUGAAUCAUCCCAGGUCGAUUCUGGGGCUGAUCUGGAGCCAGGAGUGCUAAUGAGUGCACAGACCAUCACAUCUGAAACUACCAGUACCACCACCACCACACACAUCACCAAAACUGUGAAAGGAGGCAUUUCAGAGACACGAAUUGAGAAGCGAAUCGUCAUCACAGGAGAUGCAGACAUUGACCAUGACCAGGCGCUGGCUCAGGCAAUUAAAGAGGCCAAAGAGCAGCACCCUGACAUGUCAGUGACCAAGGUAGUGGUCCAUAAAGAGACAGAAAUCACACCAGAAGAUGGAGAGGAUUGACUAGAGGAAUAACUUAGCUUGCACAUGAAUCCAGUCAUGCAAACCAUUAGGAAAACCAGAGCCUUUAUGGACUUCCCUCUUCUAACCCAACUGACUUGUAUCUGUCUGUGGAAAAUUCCGUUCCAGAAGAAUUGACCUUGAUUAUUAAUAAAGACACUGACAGAGAGAUCUUCCCAUAAUAAAGCAAUCUGAAUCAGCAUCACUAAACUGAUACUGCAUGAAGCAACGGUAAAAUUACAAAAGAGCAGCAUUUUUAAUUUUCACAAAAUGUCUCAGUUUUCAACUCUUACCUGCACGUUCAUAACCGACAAUAUAAACCGUGAUCUCAUGUAACACAUAAACAACUCACGCCUUUCAUAGUUUAUCGUUAUUAAAGUCUCCACACACAAAAAAUGGCAACUUCUUAGGUGACAAAUCUUUGGUUUACAGAUUAAAUGAAGAUUACCCUAAAAUGCUAGAAGCUGUCUAGGUCUGGUAUCUCAAGUUUAUUCCAGAUUAGAUGUGCCAAUACCAAGUUUAUUGAGUAAACAACUUGAAUCUUGUACUUGUUUCACCUGGUUUUAUUAUUCUCAUUCAUAUGCAGUAAUGACUCUCUGACCCUCUGGAAAUAUUUAAUGCUUAUAAUAUUGCUUUGUGUAUUUCAUUUAAUUUGUUAUAUGGUGGUACCAAGUUUUAGCACAUUCAUGUGAUUUCUUCCUUGUUGUUCGCUUUGGUCCACGUUCAAUAUAGAAAGCUUCUUGGAGUUUCCUAACAACCCCUAAAUAUGUAAAUCAUCACUUGUUUUGGGAAGAAAACCUAUGUUUUGUUAGUUUACAAGAUUAUGGAAUUUCACUGAAAUCCUGUUGGGCUUCUAUUGCUUUGUAUUCUUUCUUUGUUUCUUUUUCCUUGUAUUUUUUUUUCAUUCAUUUUCUUUUUUGACUUGAAGAAAAGGUGUUUUAGUUCCAAAUCUGGUCCAUAUUUACAAUCUAGUUCAGAGCCAAGCCUUAAACUGUACAGAAUUUCCACUGUAAUUAAAACUAUUUGUGUUUAGUUAUAAAUAGCCUUUGAAAAGAUAUAUUCUCCAUUCCCUGUCAGCCACAUCACAGCCCAUGGUGAAUGAUGUUACUGCAUAGCAAAAUAAAAAUGGCAAAUGCAUUGAAA